GUCGUCUUCUUCUCAGGCACAGAACAGACCAUCCCCAGCUCAAUUUCCUCAUUUGGAGAACAGGCACCAAUGUGCCACAUCAUCGUCCCACACAGACGGAUCCCUGCCACCGGGUGGGGUUCCCCCUCCCCCGCACAGACCUCUGAGGCUGACCUGUGUCCCAGGUGGUCCUGCCCCCCCACCUUCUGGAGGCCCUGGGCUGGUGGGCCCUGGAACAGGCCAGGCGGUGAGCGAGAGACUGAGAUACCCCAGAUGGCCGUCCCCAGUACGGCUCUAAACGCCGUACGUUAGUGAUUCGUUCUUUCCUUCAAUUUUGGGGACCAACAUAGGGUUGCCAACUUUGUGUUUUGCCAAAUGAGGACAUUUUUCAAAAUACCACUUCCAGCCACUGCCACUUUGCACCGAAGAGGAGACACAUGACCCUGGCCAAAGCAAAGGAGAUCAGCAGUUCGGGAUUUUUUUUUUAAACUGGGAUCAGCCGCACUUGAUAGACGGUGGAUGUGAUGGCUGGAGUUCCAGCAGCCAUUUUGGACCAUGAGUCAACUCUAGGAAUAGAAUCCAACAGAAGAAUCAGAUGCAAGAAAUCUAGAUUCUGACAUCCUGACAUCACACAAGUGACUAAACCCGUAUCUUGGUACAUGAGACCCAAAGGGUUGUCUGCAGUCAGAGGGAAGAGCCCAGGAGCGGGAGGCCUUUGAACAUGGCCUUAAAGAUGGGAAGAGAAACAUCAGUGACCCCAAAUGGAGCAAUGUUCUCUAAAACAACUGGCCCAGAGUAUACACACACGUCAGGAUCAGGCCAGCUAGAGACAGCAGGGACCAGAUCCAGAACCCAGGGCAAAAGUGCCACCUUCAUUGUGGGCGCCUCUUAACAUGGACAAGACACUCCGCCAGGCUUGCUCAGGACGGAAUUCAUUGACCAAAGGGAUCAUCAAGGUAUAGGGAACCCGUGUGAAGUCAGAAGACCUGGAGAAAACAGGUAGGCCACAGCCCCCAUGGGGAGAGAGGCUGGCCAUGUGGGAACACAGCAGCGCUGCAGGGAGGGAAGGGACCUGCAAGGGUCCUGGGGCCACCAUACCAAAACAAGUAUUAAUAUGACAGAGGUUUAUGCUACAGUCUGGAAGCCAGAGGUCCAAAAUCAAGGUGGGGGCAGGGCUGAGCUCCCUCUGAGGGCUCCAGGGGAGGAUCCUUCGUGCCUCUUCCAGCUCCGGGUGUUGCUGGCCAUCCUUGACCAGUGGCCAUGUCCCUCCAGUCUCAGCCCCUGUGUCAGACAGCCGUCUCCCUGGGUUUCUUCUUCCUCUUCUUAUAAGGACACCAAUUGUUGGACUAGAGCUCGUCCCACUCCAGUAUGACUCAUCGCAGCUGGUUCUAUCUGCAAAGACCCUCUUUCCAAAUAAGCUCAUUUCCGGAGGUUCCAGGGGGACGUUCUGGGAGAGACGCUAUUCAAUUCAGCACAGCCCCAAGAGUGAAGGGGGCCAAGAACCUGAGAGGGACGGGACCUGGUGCGCAGAGUGGGGGGCACAGGAGCCCCUGCCCUGCCCAGCAUCCUGCAGGGGUGAGCCUAAGGGCACAUAGGGCAGAGCGAAAUGUAGGGAGCGGGCAGGCAGCAGCACAGGGCGGUGGGACACCCAGGACCCGCUGCGGGGGAGCCAUCACCAUGCUGGGCCGACGUGCACAGAACCGCUGUGGAAGUCUGGCCUUGCCCUGUCCCUUUACCAUCACACCAGAGACUUCUUUCUGCUAACGAGGACCAGGCAACAAGGAAAAAAAAGAAAGAAAAAAGCUCUCCACUCUGGAAACCUGCCGACGCACCAGGAGGAACAGACGCAGCGAGGGAACCCCGUGACAGCAGCAGCUCGGCGUGUUUGGACCACACCUGCCCCUCCGCCCGCCCUAUCCCUUACAGCGUCAACACCUUUGUCCUUCUCUAGGUGAAACGUGCACGCGGUACACGGCUUCCACUUAGUAAAACAUGCACCUUAAUACAGCUUCAUCAUGUGGUCUGGGAAUUCCUUUCGGGUUCUCUCUACUUUCUUACUUUUCUAACAAUGAGCAAGAACUGUUUUUAUAAAUAAGGGAGAGAAUAACAAGACGAUGACUGAAAUGUUAAAAAAGUCCCUUUGGGCUGGGGUCCCUGUCCCCUCCAUUCAGCUACAAGGCUCCAGGACCUCCCAGAUGGACUCUGUGCUUUCCCCUACAGCCGCUCCCAGGUAACCAGGUAUCCUAGGACCCUGCCGGCUGCUCCCAGAAUUUGGGGGAAGGCUGGGCGGCAGCCCCUCAUGGCUGAGCCCCAGGCAAGCUGCCCUAAAUCCGAUCUGUGCUAGAGAACCCCACACUGCCUGGCUCUGCAGGACUUCCAACUUCAAACGAAGGAUAUGGGGGCUCUCUGGGACCCCUCCCCCCAGCCAGUGCGAGGCUGGCAAGGCUGGCCUGGGGAGAGGUUGCCAGGCAACCAGCUGGGGCUCCUCCCAGGGUGGCUGUGGGUGGCCAUGUUGCCUGGCAACCAGGUGCCAGUGUCCCUGGAGCCCAGACUGCACAGCUGCGCCCAGCCCCGCCCGCUCCUCCCUGGCUUGUGGGACCCCUGGGGCCCUGGCCUCAUUCCCCUCGCCUAGGACAGCUGGAGCCUCCGGUCACAAUGAGCAUUGUUCUCUCCAGGGACAGCCGGGUGAGGGCGAUGGAGAACACUGUGACCAAUGCCGAGAAGUACUUUGGCCAGUUCUGCUCCUUGCUGGCCGCCUACACCCGCAAGACGGCUCGGCUGCGGGACAAGGCUGACCAGCUCGUCAGACAGCUCACCGACUUCGCCAACACUGAGCACCCAGAGAUGCGGGCCACCAUGAGGAACUUCGCCGAGGACCUGGCCAAGGUGCAGGAUUACCGGCAGGCCGAGGUCGAGAGGCUGGAGACCAAGGUCAUCUGCCCCCUGAAGCUCUAUGGGGCACACAUCAAGCAGACACGGGCCGAGAUCAAGAAAUUCAAACAAGUCCAGAAGAACGAGAUGAAACAACUGGAAAAGCUGGAGAAACUGAGGCAGAAGUCGCCUUUGGAUCGGCAAAUGAUCAGCCAGGCGGAGACCGGUGUGCAGAGGGCCUCAGUGGAUGCCAGCCGCAUCACCCACCAGCUGGAGGAGGUGAUCGACACCUUCCAGAAGCAGAAGCUGAAGGACCUGCAGAAAAUUUUUUCAGACUUUGUCACCAUCGAGAUGGUCUUCCACACCAAAGCGGUAGAGGUGUAUUCCAGUGCCUUCCAGAUCCUGGAGAGCUACGACCUGGAGAGAGAUAUGGAGGAUUUUAGAACCAAGAUACAUGGGGUUUACGGACACUAUGAUGCUCGGCCAUUCAAGGAUACCACGCCCUCCCCAGCUGUCCCGUGGGCUCUCGCUGGCCAGAGCACUCAGACCACCAUACGGAGCCAGAGGAGAGACGAGGAGGAGGAGGAGAGUACGGAACACUCUUCUGAGGAGGACCCCGUGGAGGACCUCCGGGGACAGGGGCGGGCACCCCAGCAAUAGGACCACAGCUCCCCUGUCAGAAAGACAGAGGCUGACCCCGGGUGCUCAGGGCUGGGGUGGGCUGGAGGCUCUGCUGGGUCCCCGCCCUGGGUGAGUCCCGUGUCCUCCGAGUCUCUGUUUCCUCAUCUGUGCAACAGGAAUAAUCUCGCUCACUGACAAGUUACUCUGGGGAUCCACGGGCCUAGCCUCUGUGAUACACCACUGGUGCUCAAUAAAUGCGGGGUGCAUCUUAACCUGAA